AUGAAAUUACCAUUAUUUUUUGCGUUGGCUCUUUCCGGGGCCGAUGGGGACUCGAGAGAUAAUUUGAAGAAUGCUGUCAGAAGAACUGUUGAAAAUAUUGCUUUAUGGUCAAUUGCACAGGAUUUUAACGAGGACAAGCAAACGACGAUAAGUCUCUGCCUCGACGACGUGGAGGGCACCGUGGACAGAAAAAUUAGAUUCGACAAGAAGAAAGAAGACGACCUUAGCUGCAGCAUCGAGGAAAUUCGCGCAAUGGGCGGUAGCCUGGAGUACAGCACUCAAUCCCCCUGUGGAUCUAUCGUCAAUUACAUCCAGUCAAUCUCAGAUGAUUGCUUGAUUACGUGCCUUAUUGCUGCCGGCGAAAUUUGA